AUGUCAUCGAUCCAAAGUCUGGAUGGUCUUUUGCAAGAUCGUUUUAUGUAUCCAAAGGGGCCAGGAUUAGGUGCAGCUCAAAUGUUAUGGAAUACUAAAUCAGUUUUUCAUAUUGGUACUUUGUCGAGUAUUGAUUUUUGGGAACCGAACGCUUAUUCUCAGGUCAUACCAUUAGUUUCUGAUCGUUGUUCAGAAGUUCGUGACAGUAUACUCCGAGAAUGUGUGCUGCAUCUUCCUAUUCCUUUAAAGAUACAAUCUGAACCGACAGUUGGUUUGAUGGGUAGUGCAGGAAAUCAGCAGAGAAUUGAUAAACAGAUGAUCGAAAAAUCAGUGGGUGAUACCGAAAUAAGCAGUCGCUUACCAAAGAAACGCCGUUUCAAACCAUUAUUUUAUAUGCAUUCAAGAUUUACUUUGUUAACGGUCAAUAAGCGCUUGUAAUGUAAUGUUAUUGCAUAGCAUUAUUCGAUAGACUACUUGUUGUGUGUUUUUCAUGUUAGCAAAACAGGUUUGAAUUUCUAUCACAACAAUUAAAAGUAAAUAACUUACACCGACUAAUCACGUUUCUACUUCCGCUUCAUAUUCUUGAUUCAACCAGUAGGUUAUGAGUUUAAACCGUGAUCUACACCUACCGAGGCUUGAGUAGCCAGGACCUGUCUUCAGCCCUCAGAUAGUGAGUACCUGUCAUCACCUAGUAGACGAAGGUGUAGGUCGCUGUUAAGUUUUACGGGCAUCAGCCAUAUCGUGACUCGAUGGUUCAAUGGAUAACUCUCUGGCGUUUGAAGCGAUUGGUUCCGAGUUCGAGUCCCAGCGCGGCAACAUCGCUCGCUGGGAGGCAUGUACACCCAGUUGAAGAGUUCCAAAGUAGGAGGAAACGCCCAUCUUGGAUUCCACUACUAGCCAAUAUCCAUCAUUAAUAUCAGCCGUAGCUGUCUGAAAGACAUAAAAUCAUAAAGUCCAAAGUUUACCUUCUAAAAGUCAACGCAGAUCAGUAUGAAACACUAAGGUAUUCUAGUGUCAACAAUUCAUGACGAAAAUAAUGAGGUGCGUGGGUUUGAGUAGCCUGAUUUUGUAGAGUUACACUAAUGACAUAAAAAAACUGAAUUAUUGACUGCCAGCUCUCCUAAAAAUCUAAUUAGUAUCAUACGCUCAUAUAAAACAUCUGCGACUUAAGCCUAAUGAUACGGUUUUGUAUUUGCAGAAAUAUACGACCUUCAGAAUAUGUACCUCUGAUCCUUUUUACAAAUUAAAAUCAUGAUGCUUGUAAUUCCCCGUACCCCAGUGGCUUAGUGGCUAACGCUCUGGCGUUCGAAGCGAUGGAGGAAACACACGUCCAGGAUUCCUCUGCUAGGCAUUAUGAUCAAAGUAAAACCAAAUUGGAAGCUUCCGUCUUAAUUGUCUGCAUAUUUCGAUUUGUCAGUACUGAAAGUUGAAUGACUAAUAAGACAUCUAUGGUUUUACAAGUUUAUGCCUUAGAACGAUACAUCAAGUCUUGUGAAAAGAGCCUACUUCUAAGAUUAAUCGGGCCAUAAGAUUUUCAAGAAGUGAAGUGCAAUGAAAUCCUAUGACAAGGUCAACCUACCGGAAUUUUGUGCUAAAAUCAAAAACCAGGUAGGAAAAACUGAUUAUUGCUUAAAGUGAAGAAGAAAAAUAUUGUUAUCAGUAUUAGAAAGAAAAGGAAGUUGGAUAGGGAGAGGAAGUCUAGUCACUACCCUAUUUCACCUUCUAAACUGUUUUAUUGAAUAACUUCAUCAUUUGUCACUAUUUUGUCAGACCAUAUUUCUUUCAUAUGACAUCAUGGUCCAUUAAAUAGACUGGUUUCUCAAAAUAUAGGUCACUCGGAAUUCUCCACUAUUUCUAGGUCAGUGUAGAGCUGACUACCUACCAUCAGGUCAUGAAUUCGAACCCUGCUCCAUCUACUAAGAUUUGGUCAGCUGGGUACUAUCAUUAGCCUUGACACAAUAGGUGUGACUCAUUGUCUACUGCAUGGAUGUGAACAAGGUGACUGAAUGCGAUUCGUUUCGUUUAGUGUCAGUAAGUAUCACACUUAUGAAUACUAUUUUGGUCUUCAUUAUUGUCUUAAUUCCAACCAUUUUACGCUUUGUUUUGUGUAAGGAUAAACUUGACAAAAUUUAGACACGUAGCACUUCACAAUAAUAUCAUAUUGUUUACGUCAGUAUAUUGAUCUAACAAAUUUGUUACAAAUCGUGAUAAAUGCACGUGUGUACAUCUAUUUAGCUAGUUCAGUGUUGAUAUUCUAUGUGGAUUUUAAGUAACAUGUAAAAGUUGUCAUUGAAAUAUUAUAACCAGUGUUUUUUGAUAUUGGAGUUGAUUAUUGUUUUCGGUAGAAAUCAUGUAAGAACACUAUUCAGCCUAUUUCAGUAUUGAUUUUAUAUGGUUGGAGGCAGUCUGUGGGAAGCCCUGAACACCUAGGUUCUUUGGCGCUCAUCAGCAAAGCGUAUUUGUAAUCUUGAAGGGAUUAAUGUCUCUUCAGACAUUCUAACCCAUGUCAUCCAGUAGUAUAGUCAAAGAUAUUACUGCUGACAUAUUAGGGUCACCAGAUAGUCACUGUAAGGCCGCUGACGCAUAUCUAUAAUCGUUACACCUACGUAACUGGGUGUUCUGGAACGGAAAACGUCUGAUUUCAAUUCUAACAACUGUGCAGGGGAACGGAAAUGGCUCUGAUGGAUACGUUGCAUACUCGGUGACUGAUGGGUUCCUUGGGACGAGAUUGUAUUCGUCAGAAUAAGGUGGCGUAUGUUGAGCUCUCAUAGCAAGACGUAGAGCGGUUACUGUGUUGCAGUACUUGCUUGAAACUAUUGUUUACUACUAUAUCAUGUAGGUAGUCUAGGCUGUAUGGAGAAAUGUAGGUCCCCUUGAUGGAAUUGCGAUACAUUUCUAUACCAGAUUCAACAUUUUUAGAGUUAGCUUCUUGUUUUUCCAGUGUAUCACAUGUGUCAAAUCCUGUGGAUAGUAUUUUUCCAGUAACUACACAUAACCUUAUUUAUAGUGUUUGCUUUAUCAUUUGGGUGAUUGAUGUAAGAAGACACUAGUAUUUGAGCACUAACAGCUUGCCGAUGUUCAGUCUUGUCGAAUUUCAGACAGAGACAGACAAAAUCAACAUAGAACCUCUCACACAGGUGCAUUUGUUCAAGUUGUCACACUUCACAGUAGUAUACAAAGAACAAGUGAAUGGGAGUGAUAUCAAUUUGAACAAAGGUGUACGGGAGGAUGGGAUGAUUCCUGUCGUCUUAAUUGGCCCAGCCAGGCAGUCUACACCUCCCUACACUACUCAGACCAACACUUAUCGAAUGUUCCUUAAUGUUCAGAAGUGAUAUGGGAGAUAAAAUCCUCCAAGUAGUCUUAGCAAUCUCAUGUCAACUUAUGACUGUACAUUUUUUGCUUUCUUAAACAUGAUACGUUGUUUUGAGGAACUAUAACCUGCCAAGAAAUAAUUUAUCUACGGUGUUAUUCUGUGCUUUUUUGUAUGUCGAUAUUAUUAACAUCGGUUGUAAUCACCCUUGUUCAUUGUCUAUAUUGUUUCCAUUAUGUUUCAGUCUUUAUUG